UCACAGCGAAGAAUGCGAGACCUCGCGGCUCAGGUAACGAGCAGCCUGCUGCCGUUUCCCGAGGUGACCAUUCAGGCUCUUGGGGAAGAUGAGCUCACCCGAGGUUCUGUGCUGCGUGGGCGGUUUUCCAGAGGGAGAGGUGGCCUGGCCUGGCUGGCGUGUGGCCCUCAGCUGGAGGUCGUGAGCGCUGUGACGGGAGAGCGGCUCUCUGCACACCGUUUCAGUGGAGCCCGUGAGCAGCCUCCCACCAUCUGCGUGGUGAAGGAGGUUUCCUGGCAGACGGGAACGGGGCUGCUGGUUGGCUUGAGAGAAGCAGAGGGAAGUGUUCUCUGCCUGUACGACCUUGGAACAUCAAGCGUGGUUACAGCAGUACUUCUGCCAGGAAGGGUAACUGCUGUAGAGCCCAUAACUAACCCCGGAGGAGCCAGCGUGAGGCCUUGGCACCUGCACCGGGCUCUGCAAGGGUUUUGUGGCGUGGCAGCGGUGGCGACAGAUGUUGGUCAUCUGCUUGUGGUGGACCUUGGUUUGGAUGAUCUCUCUUGCAGUCAGAGGGAGAAUGAACCAUCGGGUCUAACAGUUGUCACUAGAGCUGCUGCUGGCGUUUCACAAGGAAGAGCAACCGUGACCAGAGCAGGGAGACAUCUCUGCCUUCAGUUACAGUGUCCUUCAGGAACAGCAAUAUCGACCCUGUGCUACAUCAGCAGAAGCAACCAGCUCGCCGUGGGUUUUUCCGAUGGCUCCCUGUCACUGUGGAAUAUGAAAACUCUGCAGCGGGAGCACCACUGUCAGCUUGAAGGAGGAAGGAUUCCUGUCUGCGCCGUUACUUUUCAAGAGCCUGAGCAUGAUCCUCGCAACUGCUGCUACUUGUGGGCUGUUCAGUCGACGCAAGAAAGUGAAGGCGAUGCCAUGAGUUUACAUCUGUUGCAGUUAGCGUUCGCAGACAGGAGGCGCUUGGCUUCAGGACAAGUCAUGUACGAGCGUUUGGCAUCCUGUGUUGAAAAGUACAGUUUGGAUCUGACGGGUGGAGCCUUUCCCUUGAGAGGGCAGGGCAGCAAGGCCAAGUUACUCAGCUGUCAGGCUGUAGAAAUCUUUCCCAACUGCAUUGACAGAGAAGACAGCGUUGGUGAAGUCAUAUCUCCUGGCACCAGUGUCUCCAUCUUCAGCUGGCAAGUGAAUACACGUGGCCAGGGAAAACCAUCUACUUAUUUGGGUGUAUUUGACUUUGACUGCUGGUAUCAGGCUCAAAUGCCAGGCUCACUAAGGCCAGAAGAAUCCCUUCAGGACUGCCCCUAUUUUGCACUGUGGUCACUGGACGCUGUGACAAGCACGACUGCUCCAAACCUCCUUCUGGAUGUUGUGGUGCAGGAGCGCAGCCUAAGCUGGAGAGUUCCUCCUUCUUAUCCACAACCUGAGCUGUGUUUUCAUCCAAGCACCUAUAAUUUUGAUGGCACGUGCCUGCUGAGCUCUGGAGUUGUUCAUGUGACGUGCAGCGGCUUCCAGAAGGAGGUGAUCUUUUACUGUAUCUUUAUUGAGAAUGUCAAGAGAUGGACCUUUCCUAAGCUUUCCAUGGCGCUGCUUUUAGCGUCAGAGACCAUUUUAUGCUCCUCCUGCCCAUCCACACGCAUAACUGCAAUUAACCCAUCUUCACCCAGGCAGGAGGAGCAGUUAGAGGCGGUCUUGUCAGCUGCUGCCCAGACAGGUUCUGUAGGGCUUCUGACUGGCUGCAUUAAGCUUUGGACAUCUAAAGAGCAGCCAAGUUCUGCUGCUAAUUUACAGUUGGCCCUUGACUGGACGUGGAGCAGAGUGAUCUAUACAAAAGGCGCAUUUGACCGAAUCUGUGUUGCGCUGUUUGACGGCUCCUGCAGCUCCACUGACCCGCAGAUGUUACAGGCUCUGCAGCACCACCAGUUGCUUUUGAGCAACCUUAGCACAGUCUUGAACUGUUUUCUAACAGAGGCACAAGAGCUCUCUGGAGAAGGUUUCUUCUUUUCAUGUUUUGCAGACUUGACAAAUAAGCUGGCGGUGACCAGCCUCGCAGCUUUGUAUGCACGAGUGCUCCUCUGGUUCUGUGGGUCCCGCCUCCUGCCCGAGGGCUCAGGUGAUGAGAUGCGUUUCUCUAGACCUUUCUACAAUUAUCCUCUGAUUCGGAGCUACUACGCUGGUCGUCGACAGCAACUGGAGCGUUUAUCAAGAGGCAAACGGGACUCUGACUGCCUGAUGAUCGAUGGGAUGGUUUCCCAGUUAGGGGACCGAGUUGAGAAGCUGUGGCGGAGAGAUGAAGGAGGAACGGGGAAAUACCCACCUCCUAGCUUAUGGGCACUGAUGGAGCUCUAUUUGCUAGAAGGCGUUGAAGAAAGCCACAAACAUGCAAUCACAAUUUACUUGCUGCUAGACAUCAUACAUUCCUUUCCGAACAAAACAGAAGCUUCCGUCGACUCCUUCGCAGCUGCCUUUGCCAUCCCUUCGGGCCUUGUUAAGCUUAUUCAAGGAUUUUGGCUUCUAGACCACAAGGACUAUGAAAACUCCCUGGCCCUGCUCUUUCACCCAGCUACAAUCAAACCUGUGUCGUGGCAACACGUGAGAAUUCUUCGGUCCCUCAUGUGCCAAGGAGAGCACAGGCGAGCCCUCAGAUACAUGCAGGUGAUGAAGCCACCGUUCUCAAGCAGUCGUGAAGAGCGGCUUUUCCUCACUGUGCUGUUGUCCAAUAGGUGCAUGGCGGAGGCUUGGGCUCUGCUGCAGGAAGACACCGCUCAGUUAAAGGAGGAAGAGCUAUUAAAAGACAUGUAUGACAUCUGUCGGGGGAUGGGACUAGUGGGAGACUUCCUGAGGCUGCCUUUCACAGACUCUGAACAAAAGUGUUUGGAGAAAUUUUUACGGAUUCAUAAGAUUCUUUUAGCCCGGCACCUGCAGCGUGCCAACUGUAUGGCAGCACCACAGCUGAACCAGGCGAUGAACGUUCAUCUCAUGAAUGAUCGUGCUCCUCGCUGGAGACAGAGAGCAGUUGCCAGAAAUUCUCUCUCAGCCCAGCACGGCAAGACCCUUCCUAGAGGUCAGAGGCAGCUGGCUGUAGAGAGAGCCAAGCCUUACCAUCUGCCUUCGUCCGGACCAAGAGAAGCUGCAAGACCAAAGCCAUUCUCAACAGUAACAAAACCAGCUAAUGCAGGAAAUGUGGAUCCAAGGGCACCUUUCAGCAGUCGUGUGUUGGCCAAAGUUAGAGAGUUAUGGGUAGGAAAUGAGCAGAAACCCAGUUGAGAGAGAGUUUUUCUGUUAUGAUAAUGUUUGUUAUGCAAAAUACAUAUAUUUAUAUUAUGGUAAAUAUGUUUAGAGAAUUUAAGAGAGCUGAAACUAAAACAAUGAUUACCAUCAAGCUAUUGGUGUACACAUCUUGCUAGACUUGAUUGUGUGAUCAAAUAGUGAUCUCUUCCCACUUGCUGACACAUUUCUGCUUUG